AUGAAGGAAAAAAUUACUGGGGGUCAUGGAGGAAAACCCCCAUCAGAGGGGAGACCACCGAGGAAAACCCCCAUCAGGAGGGGAGACCACCGAGGAAAACCCCCAUCAGGAGGGGAGACCACCGAGGAAAACCCCCAUCAGGAGGGGAGACCACCGAGCAAAACCCCCAUCAGGAGGGGAGACCACCGAGCAAAACCCCCAUCAGGAGGGGAGACCACCGAGCAAAACCCCCAUCAGGAGGGGAGACCACCGAGCAAAACCCUCAUCAGGAGGGGAGACCACCGAGCAAAACCCUCAUCAGGAGGGGAGACCACCGAGCAAAACCCUCAUCAGGAGGGGAGACCACCAAGCAAAACCCCAUCAGGAGGGGAGACCACCGAGCAAAACCCCAUCAGAGGGGAGACCACCGAGGAAAACCCCAUCAGGAGGGGAGACCACCGAGGAAAACCCCAUCAGGAGGGGAGACCACCGAGCAAAACCCUCAUCAGGAGGGGAGACCACCGAGGAAAACCCCCAUCAGGAGGGGAGACCACCGAGCAAAACCCCCAUCAGAGGGGAGACCACCGAGGAAAACCCCCAUCAGAGGGGAGACCACCGAGGAAAACCCCAUCAGGAGGGGAGACCACCGAGGAAAACCCCAUCAGGAGGGGAGACCACCGAGCAAAACCCCCAUCAGGAGGGGAGACCACCGAGCAAAACCCCCAUCAGGAGGGGAGACCACCGAGCAAAACCCCCAUCAGGAGGGGAGACCACCGAGCAAAACCCCCAUCAGAGGGGAGACCACAGAGGAAAACCCCAUCAGGAGGGGAGACCACAGAGGAAAACCCCAUCAGGAGGGGAGACCACAGAGGAAAACCCCACCAGGAGGGGAGACCACCGAGGAAAACCCCAUCAGAGGGGAGACCACCGAGGAAAACCCCAUCAGAGGGGAGACCACCGAGGAAAACCCCAUCAGAAAGGAGACCACGGAAGAAACCAUCGGGGAAUGCAGGUAUGCAAUAA